AUGCACAGGCUUCUUUCAAGUCGUGCACUGAGCCAUGUACUUGUAGCAUCGCUCCAACGAUUGGGGCCAUUUCCAAGUGUUGAAAUGAGGCGGGAUAGAUAUGCAAAAUCGGAACAAAAUGAACAGCCAGUCGUAAAUCGUCAACCACUGCGGUCGCCACCAUCAUCACCAACUUCAACUCGAUCCCAGAUGAUGGAAGGGAAGAAGGAUGAAAUAAUCGUCGAUAUUUACAUCAAACAAGAAAGUGGAGAUAGCGAAUGCUUUAUUUGUUUGUCUGAAUUCAAAGACCAGGAAUUGUUCCAGUGUCUUCAGGAUUGCAACCAUGGAUUUCACUUCGAAUGCAUCAAAAAAUGGUUAGAUAUCAGUCAAAUCUGCCCAUUGUGCCGCUGGAGUAUUGCCAUUGAACCAUGA